AUGAAUCGGACGGCGCUAAAGUGUGAAGCCGAAGAAGACCGGGCCCCUCCUGUUGCACCGCAGCGUCAUCCCUGGCCGGUCAAAAUGUCAGAUUUGCCGGCGGCUGCCACGACCGCGCCGGAAGUGGAAUUCCACGCGACACACUCCUCUGAGGGCUGCGAGGAGUCCUCGGCGGUGGUGAGCGUAGCGUCACCGAACGAGCCGGAGGCCGGCCCCAGUCAAGCCGAGGCUCUGACGUACAGCGUCCGGACGACGGCCAACCACGUCAUGGACUGCGUGCUAGCCGAGUUUCGUGCACGUCCCGUGGUCCACACGCGGUUGGGAAAUGUGCCGCUGCCGGACUUCAACGCGGGCGAGGCUCGAGUCUACGCGCCGCGCUUCUGGGACCUGAACGCCGUGUUUCGCGAGGGGGACGCCUACAUGCGUUCCAGCCAGUACACGCCGGGAGAGUUGCCAGAUGAAGUACAGCUACGUUCGCGAGUUUCCUGCCGGGACGUCAAGUUCAAGUGCGACUUCGUCUAUUCCUACUUCCGCGGCCAGGUGGCCCUCAGCUUCGGCCGGGUCCUCAUUGGCGUUCUUCUGGUGCUCAGGGGGGGCUUCCCCGACGUCAAGUCGUUGCAGGUGGAGGACAUUGGCGAGUUUGACGUAGCGUCUCUGAUAGGUGUGCCGGUCGUGCUCAAGUGGCUGGCCACCAAGGUCAUCAGGAAGGUCAUUCGCGACAACAGCCAGGUGAUCGCCAGGCUGGCGUCGAACGAAGUCAAGGACGUGCUCCAGGAGGCGAUCAGCGACCAGGACCUCGGCUCUGUCCUCAAGGACGCACUGGCAGCGGAAGACGCCAAACCAGCGUCCAGCGGCAAGAGGAAGAGCAGCGCUUGAAGGACGC